AUGAAAGUUGAUCUUGACUCUAUUGCACUCUUGCCUCGUCUCGAACAUCUUUCAGUUCGUGGUCUAGCCGGGGCCAAGCUCGGUCAACACAGAUCACUCAAGUCUCUGAGACUAGAUGUCAAUGACUAUGGGUCUUACAGACAGAGAGACUGUCUCGCCGACUUUGGAUUGGACAAAUUCGUAUCGCUGACCGAUUUGAGCCUCAAGAAUCAUUGUUUGGAGAGUAUUGGCCCUGACUUACCAACCAGUCUGACAAACGAUACCCCCACGAAAUACAUUCCAUUCAUUGACGUCGCUCGUCAAACUCAAGAUUCUCCUGUAUAG